AACUCCUCUGAACAGCAAAACACCAACAUCCACAAACGAUAAAAGCAAACAACAAGAGGAAACAGAAACGCAGAGGCGCAUUUGUUCAGAUGUAGGCGCCGAGAUUCGGGCUGCAGACACUCCGGAGACGCUGCAGCCUCAGACGAGCCUCGGUGACGCGCUGUGACUUCAUCCGGAGGCUGGAGGAGGGACGCCAGCGCUCCAGGCUGCUCUCACACCGCCUCUUCUCGCCUUCUCAGCCGCGUCCAGGCAGCUGAAACCCGGGGAGGGAUGGAGACAGCGGGCGCGUACGGCGCCAGGAAGGCCGGGAACGUCCCCUUCGAUCCGGUCGCCUUUUUCACGCAUCCCCGCACCAUCCUCAGACUACUGUCGUGGGUUUUCUCCAUCGUGGUGUUCAGCUGCAUAGUGAACGAGGGCUACAUCAACAUCGGCAGUGAACGUUUGCUGUGCGUCUUCAACAAAAACUCUGAUGCCUGUAACUUUGGUAUGACCAUCGGCGUGGCCUGUUUCCUCGGCAGCAUCUGUUUCCUGAUCCUGGACGUUUACUUCCCUUCCAUGAGUAACCUCAAUGACCGAAAACGAGCCGUGCUGUUUGACCUCAUCUUCUCUGGUGUUGCCAGCUUUCUGUGGUUUGUUGGAUUCUGUUUUCUGGCCAAUCAGUGGCAGGCCACGUCUCCAGACGAGCUGCCAUUGGCCCAGGGCUCGGACGCCGCCAGAGCCAUCAUCGCUUUCUGCUUCUUUUCAGUCCUCAGCUGGGCCGUGUUGACGCUCAGCGCGCUUCGACGCUACAUGACCGGCGCCAACACAAACAUAUUCACCUGGCAGCACCUUGAUCCACCUCCAAGAAACGUCCGGGCCACUCCGUACCCCAUCCCCAACGGCGGCACCAUCGUUACCACCAACCCUUACCAAGCCCCGCCCUUCACCGAAACCCUGGACCCCCAGAAGCUCACACAGCAAAGACCCAUGGCUCCUGCUUUUUAGAAACACAGAUAGAGUUGACGUGAGCUGAACGACACGGCACACCGAGGUGGACCUGGGGGCCACGCGCCCUGCCGGUUUUAACUGGGUUUUAACUCCCCUCCAGGGGAGCGGCGGGAUUCUGGGUCAUGUGAUGUUACAUCUAUUUUCACCAAGGCAACUGCUGGCUGAGCUUAGUUAGUCGUAACACUUGUUCUGUACACGCGCGCGCACACACACACACAGACACACACACAGAUAUCGAUGCACGCGAGCGCAGAUGUUCUCACUUACCACCUGAAUGCAGUCGCACACCUGGAAACACAUGUACAGAUCCACACAGAGAAACAUCCUGGCUGCAUGUUCAUACGGUGAAGUGGAGAUUAACAUAGACGUAGACCAGUGAAGACGCUUUACCUGCCUUACGAGCGGACGCAGUAGGGGGAGACGCGGAAGCUUUGUAGCUCUUUAUUAAACACAAGCUGGUCACCAUGCAGCUGAAGUCAUGACCGAGAUAUUGUGAAAUGAACGGGAGCGGCGGCAGCACCUGCAAGAAAUGCAAGUUUCCUGGCAGGACUGCUUAGUAUAGUUUCAGUGUAAAAUAUUGAUGUGUUUGAAUAUUUUAUUGUGAUCUGUUGGUUAAAAAAAAUGAAAUAAACAAUUCAUCAGCACCAGUGA